AUGUCUCGUCUCCACUCUAUGGAGAUUCAAGGCAUUCGCUCUUUUGCCGAAGGGCAUCCCGAAAGACUCAGAUUUGAGACGCCCUUGACUCUUAUUGUAGGCCAAAACGGGUCCGGUAAAACUACCAUCAUUGAAUGCCUCAAAUUUGCCUUUACCGGAAUACAGCCUCCUAAUACCAAGGUCGGCGGCGCGUUUGUGCACGAUCCCAAGCUGGGCAAUGACAAGAUGGUCCGGGCCCUGGUGCGAGUAUCCUUCAAAUCUGCGGAGGGCGAUCCACUUGUCGUCGCCCGACGCCUAGAGUUGACUGUCAAGAAGAAUAGUCGUUCUCUCAAGUCUCUGGAAAACUCGUUGAACAUUAGCAGGCAUGGCGAGAAGUCUGUCAUCUCAUCUCGUGUGGCUGAACUUGAUAUUCGCAUACCCCAGGCUCUUGGGGUGUCGGCUGCGAUCCUUGACAACGUCAUCUUCUGCCAUCAGGACGAAAGUUUCUGGCCUUUGAGCGAUCCUUCCACGCUCAAAAAGAAGUUCGAUGAGAUUUUCGAGGCGCAGAAAUAUACCAAGGCAAUUGACAAUAUCAAGCAGAUCCGCAAGAAACACAAUGAGGAACUGGGAAAGUACAAAAUCAUGGAGGCUCAUGCGAAGACAGACAAGGAUCGAGCCGUCAAAGUUCAGAGGACUAUGUCCCGCCUCCAGGAAGAAGUGGAGUCGAUGCGGGCAAAAGUGGAAGAACUGGAAGAGAAAAUCAAGAACGCUCGGAGACUCGCUGAGGACGCUUGGAGGAAGGGGGAGGACUACGCUAGGAUUCUCGGGUCGUUGGAAGGGAAACGGAUCGAGGCCCAGGGCCGACAAAGCACCAUCGACAGUCUCAAACUUCAUCUCGAGGAAGUCAGCGAGCCGGAUGAUUGGCUACAGGAAACCCUCGAUGAAUUUCAAACAAAACAACAAGAAUUGAGGGACGAGAUGCGCAGAAGACAAGAAGAGUACAUUGAGCUUCAGGACCGGAUCAAAGAGCUUGGAAAAGAGCGCGAGCGGAAAGUCCAAUUAAAAGGUAAAUACGAGCAAGAGCAGGAGGAGCACGAAAGGCAGCUUGUCAGACGAAAGGAGAUGGUCAGAGAGGUGGCUGCGAAACAUCAAAUUCGGGGCUAUGAUGAUCUCAGCGACGAAAGCCAGGUCGAGGAGUUCCUGUUCCGAAUCAAGAAGAUGCUCAAAGAUCAACGCACCGCGCUUGAUCGUAUCAAGCUUGAGCACACUGCUGAACGGCGUGAAGCCCAAACCCUCGUCAACAGGUUGACUGAACGAAAGGCCGCCUUGCAAGACAAUAAAGUCAGCACAAGAAAACAGAUGGAUAUCAAUGACAGAGAAGCAGCUGACUUUCAGAGACGAGCUGACAAGAUCGAGGUAGACGAGGGCAGCAGAGCUGUUGUUGAGUCACGAAUUGACCACCUUAAUGCAAAGAUACGCCAGGCGAGACAGGCUGCAGAAGCCAGUGGUUGGGACAAAAAGCUUCAAGAAGCGAGCGCAGAGCUCCGCUCUUAUGAGGAUCUGAGCUCGCGCCUGAACGAUGAAAUAGUCCAUGCAACCAAGCAGGCCGAAGAACUGGCUAGACUAGCACACUUGAAACAAGAGCUGAAGGAACGCCAGCGAAGUCUGGGAACAUUGUUGAAUGCUCACAGCGAACGUAUCAACAAGGUGCUCGGAGAGGACUGGACUCCUACAACAGUGGAAAAGGUUUACCAGGGGGCGCUAGGCAGUGCCGCCGGUGAGGCGGCCUCGGCCGAGAGGGAAAGAGACUCGGUGGGUAGAGAGUUGGACCAGCUGCAAUUCAGGCAGAAGACAAUUCGAGACGACCUCGCACGCAAGAAGGCCGAAGCAGGCAAAUGCGAUAAGGAAAUUCGCCAGGUCGUCCAAGACGGCCCAGAAGGAUACGAGGAAGCUCUGCAGCAGGCACAAGCUGAUGCCGAAUACGCACGUGAGGACAGUGGUCAAUUUGCGGGUCUUCAUGACUACUACCUAAAGGUUCUAGAGACCCUCAAGAGUGAGAAGCCGGCAUGUCGAACCUGUGCGCGGACUUUUAAGGGUCCCAAUGAUCCAGCUUUGGAGAAGAUGAAGAAGCGCAUCGAAGGAUUGGUGGAGAAGACUCUGGCGCAGGCGGAAAGCACGACUUCAAAAGAGGCUGAAGCUGAGUACAGACGCCUGCUUGACCUGGGAAUUGUGAAUGAAACCUUCAAGAAGCUUGUCAAGACUGAAAUCCCCGCAGCCGAGAAAGAUCUGUCCACAUUGAGCGGAGAGAAGGAGGCUUUGCUUGCCAAGAUCGAGAAGCAUGACAAGAUUGUUGAGCAACGUCAGCAUGCGAAGCGUGAACUGGAGUCCAUUGGCCGAACGGUGGCAUCCAUCGCCAAAUACGACGCUGACAUCAAAUCUUUGAACGCCCAGAUCGAGGAAUAUUCCGCGAAACAAUCCCAGCGUGCUGGCGGGCGUACAUUGGAAGACAUACGAGAAGAACUCAACGCCGUUGCUGAAAAGGUUAGGGCAACACAAAAUUUAAUCAAUCGGCUUCGAACAGAGCAAGAGCAGUCUCGGGUUACCUUAUCUACCAUGGAACUCGAGCUUCGUGAUCUAAAGGGUGAGCUGAGCAACGUUGGCUUUCAGCUGGAGAAGAAGGCUUCACUUGCCGCCCGGGUGGAAGAAUUUCGUGCUCUGAACCAAAAACAAAGAGCCACGUUGGAAAAGCUCGACCAGGAUAUUGAGAAGCUGGAUCCGGAAAUCGCAACUGCUAAGGCCAAGUACGAGGACGUUGACCAACGAGCAUCCGCAAAGGAGCAGGAAAUGUCUUACGAACAGUCCAAGCUCAGUGAAAGUGUCAGUGGACUUGAUAUCUUGAAUGACCAGGUGCGCUCCUAUGUGGACCGGGACGGCCCAAACCAGCUUGCACGCAUUAAUCGAGAACUCGCCCAUCUGGAGCGAGAACUGGAGCGGAUGCAAGGACAACAAUCGCAAUUGACUCGAGACAUCAACAAGAUCAAUGAUCAGAUUCGGGACAGUGAGGCUACGCGACGUCGAUAUUCGGACAAUCUGCGAUAUCGCCAGGAGACCAGAGCGCUUGCGCAGCUGAGGAUAGAGAUCGAGGAACUCGAGAGCAAGAAUGCGGAGGCAGACCGAGACAGGUUCCAGAAGGAAUCAGAAAAAUGGACUCACGAACACAACAAGCUCAGUGCGUUGCAGGCCGGUGUCAUGGGAGAGAUGAAGUCCAAAGACGCCCAACUCGUCGAGCUUCUCCAGGAUUACAAGACAGACCUGUCGGAUGCUGCGAUACGAUACAAAGAAGCACAUAUCAAAGUAGAGGCCACCAAGGCAGCUGUGGAAGACUUGGGCCGAUAUGGUGGGGCCUUGGAUAAGGCGAUCAUGAAAUACCACAGUCUCAAGAUGGAGGAGAUCAACAGCAUCAUCGAGGAACUAUGGCGGAAGACAUACAAAGGCACCGACGUUGAUACCAUCAUGAUCCGAGCCGACAAUGAAUCUGGACGGGGCAAUCGAUCGUACAACUACCGGGUGGUGAUGGUCAAGAGAGGAGCUGAGAUGGACAUGCGAGGCCGAUGCAGCGCGGGACAGAAGGUGCUGGCCAGUAUCAUCAUCCGACUGGCACUGGCCGAGUGUUUCAGCGCGAAUUGCGGUUUGAUUGCACUGGACGAGCCGACGACCAACCUGGACCGGGAGAAUAUUGAAAGCCUGGCACAUUCGCUCCGCGAUAUCAUCAAGUACCGACAGCAGCAAGCGAAUUUCCAGCUAAUCAUCAUCACACACGACGAGGACUUUUUGCGCCAGAUGGACUGCGCCGAAUUCACCGGAUAUUACUAUCGCAUCUCGCGUGAUCAGAUGCAGAACUCUAUCAUUCGGCGACAGAGUAUUACCGAAGUACUCUGA